AUGGUCAGUAUACGCUCCACCGUUGCUCUUUCCGCUCUAUCCGCUGGCGCCAAUGCCGCUACGACUGUCGCCGCAGACUCUCAAGUUGUCAAGAUGGUUGAGCUAGGUGUGUACGUUAUGGACAUUGCCAACAACCUGCCUCAAUACUACUCCUUCCAAGGUGCUAACCCAGGCGAGAAGUACCCACCUGUUAUUGAAACAGCUGUCAUUGACCAAGCGUUCAACGGUGUUCCUGAAUCUCAGUGGAUCACUCUAUUGUCUGACAUUGACGAAGCUGACGUUCAAAGAAUGUUGACCGGUGUUCCAUGGUACAGUUCCAGAAUUGCACCAGCUCUAUCGGCCUCCCUAGAAGCUCAAGGUAUCGUCAUUGCCGCCCCAGGUGCUGCCGCUUCUACCGCUGCUGCCACCACGGCUACCGAAGCCUCCGCUGCCAAGACUGGUGAAACCAAGGCCACCAGCGCCCCAGUCACAGCUGCUGCCAACGGUACCAUCGUUACUUCGAAGGGUUACGCCAACUCUACAGUUCACGAAACGACCCAUUUGACUUCCACUGAAACUUCCACCGUUUGUGACGAGGUCUGUCAAUCGAAGAAGUCUGAAUCGGCCAAGACUGCCACUUCUAAGGCUUCCACUGCCCAUACCUCUACCGCCAAGGCUUCCACUGCCAAGAACGGUACCUCCUCCACCCACUCUGUUACUGCUGCUACCAAGAACGGUGCUGCCGCUAAGGGUGUCACUGGUGUUGGUGCUGGUGUCCUAGGUGCUGUGGCCCUAUUGUUGUAA